GGAAAGUACCCUGAGAAAGAGGAAGCAGAGAGACACACUGAGCAUGCUGCUGCAGACCAAAAGUUUGAUUUAAAGUCAGCUUCUUCAUCACUCUGAAGAGAUCUCAACAUUUCAGGAGGACCAGGAGACCUGGAGAUGGCUUCAAACCUGAGACGACGGAGCAUGGAAAGACCUCCUAAUCUGUCUGAACUUACCAUGGCAAUGAACACUUCAUCCAAAUAUGACAACAUCCCCUACAAAGAUCUUAUCCAUUCAGGAUCUCCUACUCUGUAUCGACUGAUACCAAAGAAAGAGAAGAUUGGAACUCUGACAAGAAUGACUCUUGGUGAAAAAAAUCCAAACAAGAUAAACAAAACCAUCUUACUUGUUGGUGAAACAGGAACAGGAAAAUCUACUCUGAUCAACACUCUGGUCAACUACGCCAUGGGAGUGGAGUGGGAGGAUGAUGUCUGGUUUCAGAUCGUAGAGGAGGAAAUGAAAACUCAAUUAGAAAGUAAGACAUCAGAUGUGAUCGUGUACCAGAUCUUUGGUUUUGAAGAUAAAACUCUGCCCUACUCAAUGACCAUCAUCGAUACUCCUGGAUACGGAGAUACCAGAGGGAUCAAACAUGACCUGAACAUCAUGGAACGAUUAUUUUACUUGUUCCGCUCAGAGGAUGGAGUUCAUGAGAUUAAUGCAGUGGGCCUGGUGAUGAAAUCCAGUGAGAAUCGACUGAAUGACCGACUGAGGUACAUCUUAGAUUCAGUGGUGUCUCUGUUUGGGAAAGACAUGGAGAAGAACAUUGUCGCCCUCAUCACAUACUCAAAUGGAAGAAAACCUAAAGAUUCUUUACAAGCUCUUGAGGCUGCAGAGAUUAAAUGUGCCAGAAAUGAGAAAAAUCAAUCUGUUCACUUCCUGUUUGAUAACUGCCAGAAUGAAGACAGGACAGAGGAUGCAGAAGACCUUGAACAUGCAAAUAAAAUAUCAAUGAAAGGAAUGAAUCAGUUCACAAACUUUCUGGUAAAAACUGAACCUCAGAGGUUGGAAACAACCGUAAAUGUCCUGAAUGAGCGAAUCAGACUGACAGCCUGCAUCCAAAACCUGCAAGACAGAAUUGAGUUGAUUGAUCUAAAGCAAACAGAGAUCCAACAGAUUCAGGAUGGUCUGAAGAAGUAUGAACGAGAGAUGAAGAACAAUGAGGAGUUCACUAUAGAAGUUGACGAAGUCUACAAAGAUAAAGAACGUAUCAAUGGUGAGAUGUGGGGGUUGGUGUUCUAUGAAGGAGCAACCUGCUGUACUGUCUGUGAGGAGAACUGUCACUAUCCUGGAUGCACACUGGCCUGGAAACCAGAACACUGUGAGGUCAUGAAAGAUGGCCGCUGCACUUCAUGUACCGGGAAGUGUCCUGUAUCAGAUCAUGUGAAAGAAAACUGGAAGUAUGUGAACAAGACAAGAAAAGCUCAAAAAACUCUAGAAGAUGUGAAAGGGAAGUAUGAAAUGAAUAAAGAAGAGACUGAGAAGCAAGAGAGCCUUUUGGAAAGUCUUCAGAAAGAGAAGGAAACCCUUGAAGAAAACAAAACCCCUUUGCUGGAUGAAGCCUACCAUCAUGUUGUCAAACUGGAGGAGAACGCCCUGAAUGUGGUUUCACUGUCUACUUAUGUCCACCUGGACUUCCUGAUUGAAGAGUUGGAGAAGAAAAAAGACACAGAGAAGGUCAGCCAUCUAAAACAAAUGAAAAGUCGAAAAUCUGAAGGAUUUCAGGCAGCAGCAAAGUACAUGUAUAAUGCAAUCUAAUGCACUUUCCAUCUAAAAUGGUCAAAAGAGGAUGGCAAAAAUGGGUACGGUAGUUUCCCAUCUGUACAUGUUGUAUAAAUCUGGUGUUAAAGGUUCCUUUCAUAAAAUAUUUAAGGAAGGAAUUUAAGAUGAUUUUUUGAAAUGUUUAAAAUCUGCAUUUAUGUCAUUGCUUAUUUUUAGAUCAUUUUAGGGCUAGAGAGAGAGAGACAGACGGAGGGAGGGACUGACGGAGAGACAGAGAGGGAGAGACAGAGGGAG